GACUAGGGAACAGUGAGCAGCCAGUGAAGCAUCCAGCCUGCCGAGCAAGCCUGCUUUUAGGGUCAGGAACUGGUCUGACAAGAGAAUGGCAAUCCUGCCGCCUUUAAACUGUCACUAGGACCCGGUGCGGAAGACGAUGAAUCCACCAGAGGUUCUGGCUCACAGGCGAAACGCGGACCGAGAGAAUGUGAAGACAUAUUUCAGGAUAUUGUGAGUGUUACUAAAGAUGUCUGAUAGUGUCGAUAUUGAAGAGAAACCACCAGCCCCUCCCUUGAGAAUGAACAGUAGUUCCCGUGACUCUUCAUCAGUGAAUCCCGCCUCUAAACCGCUUCCAAUGGCUCCCGAAGAGAAAAUCAAGAAGGUGCGCCUGCGCUCCAUCUUCCCUGGAGGAGAUAAGACUAACAAGAAGAAGGAGAAAGAGCGUCCCGAGAUAUCCCUUCCCUCCGACUUUGAACACACCAUCCAUGUUGGCUUUGAUGCUGUAACAGGAGAAUUCACAGGCAUCCCUGAGCAAUGGGCACGCCUCCUACAGACCUCCAACAUCACCAAACUGGAGCAGAAAAAGAACCCACAGGCCGUAUUGGACGUCCUCAAGUUCUACGACUCCAAAGAGACCGUCAACAACCAGAAGUACAUGAGCUUCACCUCAGGAGACAAGUCAGCACAUGGGUACAUAGCAGCAAACACUCUGAAUCGACUGCUGUCAUCUGGGCCUCCCGUCAGCCUUAGAACCUGCAGCGCAUUAUUUGACAAGGGUGCCAAAACAUCAACUUCAGAACCCCCGAUUGCACCGCCUGUGUCAGAAGAAGAGGAUGAGGAAGAAGAAGAAGAGGAGGAGGAGGAGGAAGACGAGGAUGACGACGACGACGAACUGCCGCCGGUCAUUGCACCUCGACCUGAGCACACCAAAUCGAUCUACACACGCUCAGUCAUGGACCCACCCAAGCCUCCCACUCCCGUCAAAGAGGUUGUGACACCACCUGAGUCGCAGGUCCAGCCAGACAACACAUCGAACACAAUGUAUCGCAACACAGACCGCCAGAGGAAGAAGUCCAAAAUGACGGAUGAGGAGAUCCUGGAGAGACUCAACUCAGGGAGUAUUGUGAGUGUCGGGGAUCCCAAGAAGAAGUACACGCGCUUUGAGAAAAUAGGACAAGGAGCUUCUGGUACUGUGUAUACCGCCAUCGACAUAGCAACAGGCCAAGAGGUGGCCAUCAAGCAGAUGAACCUGCAGCAGCAACCCAAGAAGGAGUUGAUCAUCAAUGAGAUCUUAGUGAUGAGGGAAAACAAAAACUCUAAUAUAGUCAACUACUUGGACAGUUACUUGGUAGGAGAUGAGCUCUGGGUGGUGAUGGAGUAUUUGGCCGGUGGUUCGUUGACAGAUGUUGUGACUGAGACCUGCAUGGAUGAGGGCCAGAUAGCAGCCGUUUGCAGAGAGUGUCUUCAAGCGCUGGAUUUCCUCCACUCCAACCAGGUGAUCCACAGGGACAUAAAAAGUGACAACAUCCUUUUGGGAAUGGAUGGAUCUGUCAAGCUGACCGACUUUGGCUUCUGCGCCCAGAUAACUCCAGAGCAGAACAAGCGCAGUACAAUGGUGGGAACGCCCUACUGGAUGGCACCUGAGGUGGUGACCCGGAAGGCGUACGGCCCAAAAGUGGAUAUCUGGUCUUUGGGAAUCAUGGCCAUAGAAAUGGUGGAGGGAGAACCGCCAUACCUGAAUGAGAAUCCACUCAGAGCCUUGUAUCUGAUAGCUACCAACGGGACACCAGAGCUCCAGAACCCAGAAAGACUGUCCUCGGUCUUCAGAGACUUUCUCAAUCGCUGCCUGGAGAUGGAUGUGGAUCGCAGAGGUUCUGCCAAGGAGCUGCUUCAGCAUUCAUUCCUCAAGCUGGCCAAGCCUCUGUCCAGCCUGACGCCUCUGAUUGUAGCUGCCAAGGAAGCCAUAAAGAACAGCAGUCGCUAGGGGGCACCCUCUGCCCUCACCCAAGGCCGGACCCCUGCCCGAGGUGGGCUUCCUGUGUCUUUGCAGGAUGGGUGAUGUGACGGCACAAAACGAUCGGGGGGACCGAGUGGAGCUCUGAGACUCCCCUUCACGACCCCCUUAUUCUCUCCCCCCCACUCACAUAAGUAGGACGGACGUCGGCCUUGCAGCCUUCCUGUGCUGCUAAAAAAACACCUUUUGUUUACGUCUGCAGCACUCAUGUACAUGUUGAGCAGUCCAUCACUAGUGUGUGUAUGUGUGUGUAUGUGUGUGUCUGCGAGCAUGCACAUCUGUCUAGUUUCUGUGUGUGCGGGGGGAAUUGCUUCCAAACCAAAAAAGAGGGAAAAACACCCUCAAAGAAGAGCUUUUGAUGGAGUUUCCUCUUGUGACAGUGUGGUGCUCGAACAGGCCACGCCCACACCCGGAGGCACACUGUGCUCACAUGACUUUGUAUGAUUGGGUGUGGUGUAUGGUGUGUGUGUGUGUGUGGUGUUUCUUGGUGCAGUUACAGGGGGAAAAGCAGGAUUAAUUUAAUCUAAAUUGACACCAGUAUUCUUCAUUCGUCCCUCUUCUCUUUUAUGUCAAGUUAAUCUUAAUUAAUCUUAGUCAGUUGUUUAGCAUUUCAGGCCAGAAUUUCCAACUGCCCUUUCCAACACAUAUAACAAUACAAAGAUAAUUCUGUCUUUUUCUUAGGGCUGAUUUUAUUUUUGCUGUCUAAAUUCUUGUAACUCCAGCCUAUAGUCGAGUUCAGACGAAUUGCAGAAAGACAAUGGCAAAUAAUAUUAUGGUGUGUAUGCAUGAUUGAAAUGUUCAGUUCAUUUGGAGCUGUUCAUACACAUAGUAUGAUAAAUACAUAUAGUCCUGCCCUGUUGUUAUAUUUUUGCCAAAAUGGGCAUGUCUCUAAAAUAGUCACAAGUGGUGAUUAAUCAUGAUUAAUUAUUUAUAUACUGUGAUUAAUCUGAUUAAAAAUCUUAAUCAUAUGAUAUAUUGCCGGAUAUUGUGUUCCCUCUUUAUCGGACAUGCUUCUUAAUGUUUCAUAUUAAUUCAUUUUUAUUGUGCUUUGAGAAUUCCUAGUUAGCAUUCCUUAAAAAUAUACAUGGAAGUAAUUAUUAUAUUGGAACAUGUUUUUAAAAUGAAAUGUCUCGUCUUUUUCAGGCUUUAUAUAGUUGGGUGAAUAUCUCUGUGCUAAUACUCUCCGUCUGCAGACAUGAUUGUAUUGGUAGCUUUUCCCCAUGUAACUACACCAAUGCGGGUGUGUUUGUGCGUUCUUGUCUUCCAACCCAUAACACCCCACCUUGAAAAAUCAUUUUAUCCUAUUUGUCUGUGUGUGUGUGUGUGUGUGUGUGUGUGUGUGUGAGGGCUACCUCAGUCCGUAGGAGUCCAAUCCUCCACCCUGACACCAGAGGUGCAGGGUAGCUGCUCACUCCCAUUUUUGUACCUCCACUGUACAGCAACGAUCCACCAGAUGAAGGAGUGAUGUGACACACAGGUCAUGCAUGUUAAUCAACCAACAACACUGUAUCUCAUCAUUCACAUAGGUUAAGAUUGUUAGAAUUAUGUAUGUAUGUAAAUAUACUCACCAAACCCCACCUUUUUAUUUUAUUUUUUUUGCAAUUUUGUGUAACUUAAAAGUAAUAUUCAGGUUGCUUUAUGGUAUGUAUCAGUAAAUGUUUUUGCAACCUGCAAAUGGAACAAGAGAAGAACACACACUUCUGUCUUUGGGACACUCCUUUAUGUGGACUGAUGAGUGCUGCACUAGCUAACACUGUGCGAGUGUUAGUUCUUUGUGUGUUUGCGUGACUGAGAGGACGCUUUGAGCAAAAAUGCGCCAGCCCCAAAGGAACUCAUGUACAGGUGCGGACUGUGAGCACAAAAAGGUGAAGUCGGGGAACAAGAGGCACUUCCCACCUGUCCUUAUACCGCCACCACCCCCCCUUUUCUGUGGUUGCUCCUGUACAUUCCUAUCCUCUGAAUGUGUCAAUCUGUACACGUGGUGUGAAAAUUCCUCUAUUAAUGUGUAUCAAGAGAAUGGAACAAAGACAAAAAAUGUUACUUUUUAAAUUAUUAUCAUUAUUCUGACUCUUAUUAUUGUCUAGCUUUGUAAAACUGCUGAUCCACGCGGCGUACCUCAGCAGGAUGACCCCCACCCUCAAUCUUCCUCCACCUGCCCCGCCUUUGAAAAAGGACAAAAUGAACGACGGGGAAAUGAGGUUUUGGAUAAACUAUUUUUAAUUGUGGUUGAAGCAAUAGACUUUUUGAACUUUGAAUUGUGCAUGGCUGUGUCUUGAGUGUAAAAAAAUAUCACAGUUUGGGAACUGGACUGAAAUAAAAAAAGAGGAAACAAGAUUUGCUGUAAUGCAUAACCCUGUUACCUAUUUAAACUGGGGAUGCUCCGAUCAGGGUUUUAUGUUGCCGGCUCCGGUACCGAUCAUCCACAAGUGAGAUCAACCAACAUCUAUCACAUGGUUUAACUGUACUUUUUCCAAUUUAUUAUGAGUGGUAUUGGCCUUGGGUGCUGUUAGACGAUUUCGAGGGUCCCUGGCAAAGAGGGUUUUUUUUUUUUUUGCCUUUUUUGGUGUGGAACAUUUUUGUACUGUUUGACAUAAACCUGAAUUUAAUUUGAUGCAUGUUUUGGAGUAAUAAUGAGAAAUAAACUUAAGAGAAUUAAGAUAAUACAAAUAAAUUCAGUGUCCAGGUUGCAGGGGUCUCCAACUAUUUGUGUUCUACUUUAUUUACCAACAGAGCUCCACUCAAACAGUGUGGGCAUUGUCUUUAUGCCAUGAAGACAUAAAGUCUGAAUUCAACAGUUAUAAUAAAAAAAAAUUGGCAUCAACAUCACCUUGUGAGAUAGGAGACAAAAAAAACCUGUGAGACCCCUGUGUAAGACUGG